AUGGAGUACUUAACAAGAAACCUCAAAACACUGAACCAGAUACCAGAUUUCAACUACCAUCCUAAGUGUGCAAAGAUGAAAAUCUUGCAGCUUGGAUUUGCUGAUGACCUUUUAUUGUUUUGCAGGGGUGAUAUAGGCUCAAUAAAGCUCUUGUUCCAAUGCUUCAUGGAGUUCUCAAAUGCUUCUGGCCUGAUGAUCAAUAAACACAAGAGUUCCAUCUUCUUUGGUGGAGUAUCACAAGCUGAUCAGGAGGAAAUCCUAGAGUUUCUAGGAAUUCAAAAGGAUAAGCUGCCAAUUACAAAGUUAAUUGAAGCAAUGUGUAGAAGUUUUUUGUGGACUGGCGAAGGAAGUAUAUCGAAGAAGGCUCUACUGGCAUGGGAGAAAGUCUGCUUGCCUAAAUCUGCAGGAGGCUUCAACAUUAUGAAUAUAGCUGUGUGGAACAAGGCUGCCAUCUGUAAGCAAUUCUGGAAUUUGUGCAAGGAGAAAAAGAACUGUGGAUCCAGUGGAUACAUAGCUACUACAUCAAAGGAAGACACAUAUGGGAUAUUCAACUAA